AUGUCGACGAUCCGCGGGUGGGCGCACGCGAUUGUGGCGCAGCUGUGGGGUGGAGAGUUCGACCCGAUGCACGCCGACGUCGGCGGGCGGCUCGUGCGGCUGAUGGCGGCGCAGCCGGCGGCGCUCUUUGCGAUCCGAGGGCCUAACUUCAGAAUCGUGCUUUUUUGGGUUAGGGACGAGCGCGAAGGACCGAUUGCGGUGAAGGACCGCAGGUUAGGGACCGAUCGCCGCCGCUCACGCCAGCGGACGGUCUUCGUCAGUGAUGUUAGCUACGCCACCGUCUACCUCGUGCGCAAUGCGCUCGCCGGCAUCGAGCGAGCAACGUGUUCGACCGAGCGGCUUGCUGUGCGGACGGCUUCUUGUGGCUCUCGUCGAGAGCGUUUUGCGGCCCGGCGGGUGGGAGAGCAUGUGUCGUCUGAUGUCGCGGAACUCGUUGAGUACUCGCAGCCUUUCUGCGCCUCCGUCUGGGCAUAUCGGCUGCUCGGCAAGAGCAGUCUUUCCGGAAGAUAUCGACGGUUUUCGAGAGCCACCCGCUUGGGAGCGAUUGAGCGCGUCACGGAGGACUUCAGGAAGCCGCUCGUCGGACAGGCGUGCUCGCUUGAUGUCGGCGAGCGCAUUGCGCACGCUUUGAACGGUGGCGAAGCCAAAAACACCGAUGGUGGCCGUCCGCCGGCGUAUGCGGCGGCGAUCGGUCCCUAA